GUCUACAGUUAUCUUGAAUUCAAUCAAUUUCCUCUCGAGAAAAUCGAAUUAGGUGUUGGAUGUUUAUAAUUUUGCAAUGAUUACCAUCAAUUCGCGAGAGUUGAACUAUCUUGUCUACCGCUAUCUUCAUGAAUCAGGGAUCUUUACUUUGAUGCAUUCACUAAGGUCACUCGAACUAUUGCCAAGAACAAGUUUGAAUUAUUAUGCUAACUUCAUUAACACAUUUAUCGUCAAGCCUCAACCCACAUUUAUUGCUCAAAUACUUCGGGUGUUACAGACAAGUCAGGCAAAAGCUCUAGAAGACAAUACCUAUGGAGCUAAGUUCGUUUUGAGAUACUCCAUGUUAGCUGAUAGAACAUUAAUUUCUCAUACAUUAGUUACUUGAUCCUGCCUUACGAUCUCUUGGCUAUGGUUGGAGAAAUGAUUUUUUUUGGUGGUGAUGGUGAACUAUGUUGUUCCAGUUCUCUCUUCGACAUGUAAUCGGCGUUCAGAACAGUUCAUGUAGAUGAUUGGUUUCACACAUACUGCCUUCACAUUAGGUUAUGAGGCAGGGCUGAAUAAAAGUACAAUAGAUGGAAAUUUGGUUCCGCCUGGUGCUCUUGUUACAUUUGUGCAGAAAGGAAUUCAGUACCUUGAGCUAGAAGCAAACCUGACAUGUAAUGAUUCUGACAUCGAUGAAGAUUUCUCCUUUAUACAACCUAUUGAUCUUAUCACAAAGGAUGUUUAUGAACUACAAAAAAUGAUAAAGGAAAAGAAGGAAAACCUUCAGAAAACUAAACAUAGAGAAAAGAGCAAAGAAAAUACCACUUCAGUACGGGAGCAUGAACAAGAACAUGCUAGAGAAAAGGAGAAAGAACAUGCUAAAGAAAAAGAGAAGGAAAAUGACCAGGAGCAUGCUAAAGAAAGAGAAAAGGAACGCAUCCAUGCUCGCGAAAAGGAGAAGGAGCAGGAACGACAACAUCUUCGAGAAAGGGAAAAGAAAAUUGAACAAGACCAUCAUCGAGAAAAAGAGAAGGAAAAGCAGCAAAGGGACAAAGAACGAGAUUUGGAGAAAGAGAAGAUAGAUAGGGAGAGGGAGAGGGAGAGGGAGAGGGAGAGGGAAAGGGAAAGGGAAAGGGAAAAAGAAAAGGAAAAGGAAAAGGAAAGAGACAAGGGUAAACACAAAGAAAAGAAGAAUGAGGAUCUUGCUGAUGGUAGACGUGACGAGGAUAAGACACGAGUCCAGCCGGAAGAAAAUGUGACCGCAGAAGGACCGGAACCUAUGGAAAUUGACACAUGCUCAACAUCUUUGUCUUCUCUUAUUCCCAACUCUGAUGUUACCGUGUUAGAAGGUCAUACUUCUGAGGUUUUUGUAUGCGCAUGGAGUCCAGCUGGGUCUCUUUUGGCAUCUGGAUCUGGAGAUUCCACAGCUCGAAUUUGGACAAUUGGUGAUGGACCUUGUAGCUCUAAUUCACAAAAGGGGCCCUUAGAUGUUGCUGUUUUGAAGCACUACAGAGGUAGAACAAGUGACAAGAGCAAGGAUGUAACCACGCUUGACUGGAAUGGCGAGGGAACACUACUCGCGACAGGUUCUUAUGAUGGACAAGCCAGAAUAUGGAGUAUAGACGGGGAGCUGGUAAGUACAUUAACAAAACAUAAAGGACCAAUAUUUUCUCUGAAGUGGAACAAGAAAGGAGACUAUCUUCUAAGUGGCAGUGUGGACAAAACUGCAAUUGUAUGGGACAUUAAGACUGGGGAAUGGAAGCAACAGUUUGAAUUUCAUGCAGCUCCUACUCUUGAUGUUGAUUGGCGCAACAAUGUCUCAUUUGCAACAUGCUCAACUGACAACAUGAUAUAUGUCUGCAAAGUUGGAGAUAAUCGACCAGUAAAAACUUUUAUGGGGCAUCAGGGUGAAGUUAACGCUAUUAAAUGGGAUCCUACAGGUUCACUUCUGGCUUCAUGUUCAGAUGAUUCCACUGCGAAGAUAUGGAGCUUGAAGCAGGAUACGUGCUUGCAUGACUUAAAGGAACAUACAAAGGAGAUAUAUACCAUCAGAUGGAGCCCCACAGGUCCAGGAACAAAUAAUCCUAACCAUCAAUUAGUCCUGGCAAGUGCAUCAUUCGAUUCAACAAUAAAGCUAUGGGAUGUGGAAACAGGGAGCCUUCUUCACAGCUUAGUUGCCCAUGGCGAUCCUGUAUAUUCUGUUGCAUUUAGCCCGAAUGGCGAGUACUUGGCAAGUGGAUCAUUGGAUAAAUGCAUGCACAUAUGGUCUGUGAAGGAAGCGAAGGUAGUCAAAACUUACGUUGGAAGUGGUGGGAUCUUUGAAGUUUGCUGGAACAAAGAAGGUGACAAGAUCGGUGCUUGCUUCUCGAACAAUGUAGUCUGCAUCUUGGAUUUCCGUAUGUAAUCUUUUUCAUGACCUAAAAUGGCUUGAAACUGUUCAUGGAGGUUGUAUAUGUAGUAGACAUGGAAUGGUUUUGUUUAGUUGUAGGUAAUGUGGCAUGAAUUUGGUUGGGUAUAGGACUCGUAGAAAUAAAUUAUUAGCGUAUUGGCACGAUCUUUGCACCUUUCUUAUUGGUAAACAUUUACCACAAAACACUACGUUAACAACAAUUUUUCGAGUGUU